ACACACACACACACCAGUAAGCUUCUUAUAGUUGUUUGCUCUGUAAAUCAAACCCAUGUCUCUGCUUCUCACUCUUUGCUUUUAUUUCCUUUUUUCUCUUUCCCAUGGCUCUCCCUCUCCACCUGUUACUCCACAUCUUGACGGACUACUAAAAAAUGGCGACUUCGAGCAACCCCCCUCCAAAGCAAGCCUCAACAAAACAGUAAUAAUCGGCAAAUACUCACUCCCUCACUGGAAAAUCAAAGGCUUGGUGGAGUACAUCUCGGGCGGGCCACAACCAGGUGGGUUCUACUUCCCCGUCCCCCGCGGUGUCCACGCCGUGAGGCUCGGCAACGAGGCUUCUAUUUCUCAGUAUGUACGUGUCAAGCCCGGCUCAAUUUAUUCCCUCACGUUUGGGGCCACUAGGACUUGCGCCCAAGACGAGGUGUUACGAGUCUCGGUCCCCGGUCAGUCCAGCGACCUUCCGAUUCAGACUCUGUAUAGCAGCAAUGGAGGAGACACGUAUGCUUGGGCUUUCAAGGCUGCUUCUAAAUUUGUUCCCGUCACAUUUCAUAAUCCAGGGGUUCAAGAGGAUCCCACUUGUGGACCCCUCUUGGAUGCUAUUGCAAUUAAAGAGAUUUUGCCUCCCAAGUAUCCUAAAGGAAAUCUGGUCAAAAACGGUGAUUUUGAGACUGGUCCUUAUGUUUUCAAGAAUUUUUCAACGGGCAUUCUCAUUCCUCCUAAAAUUCAAGACUUAAUAUCUCCACUUCCUGGAUGGAUUAUCGAAUCCCUUAAACCCGUGAAAUACAUAGAUAAAAAUCAUUUUAAUGUUCCUUAUGGUUUUGCUGCAAUUGAGCUUGUGGCCGGGAAAGAGAGUGCUAUUGCUCAAGUCAUUAGAACAGUGCCGCACAAAUUUUACAACCUCUCAUUCAAAAUUGGAGAUGCCAGAAAUGGAUGCCAUGGAUCCAUGAUGGUUGAAGCAUUUGCUGGUAUGAAAACUCUCAAGGUUCCAUACACGUCUCAAGGAAAAGGUGGAUUCAAACUAGCGAUUCUUAAGUUUCAAGCUGUGUCAAACAGGACAAGAAUCACAUUUUAUAGUGCUUAUUAUCAUACAAAGCUACAUGAUUAUGGUUACAUGUGUGGUCCUGUUUUAGACGACGUUAAAGUUUUUUCUGUUCGAUCCUAAUAUUUAUAAACUUAAGUAAUUUGUUUUGUCCUAAAUAAAUUUAGUUAGCUAUCAUCGUGAGUUAAAAUACAAACAUUAAACGCAUACUGAAUGUUUAAAUUUUGAAACUCAUGGGUUAUUUACUUAGCCGGACACAUAAAAUUUAUAAUUUGAACAAUUACCU